CUCAUUCAGAGCAGAUGUCCAAAGGUUCCGACGUCUACCAAACAUGUCUUUUCGGAAGUUCAGUCAAGGAUGCGGCGAAUGCCGAAAAAGAAAAAUCAAAUGUGACCUUCAGCAACCCCAGUGUGCUCGUUGCCUUAAAUCAGCCCGAAGAUGCCCCGGAUACCGAGAUCAAAAUGAACUCCAGUUCCGCAACGAAACCCAAGCAGUAAUCCAGCUUGCGAAAGCUGGCGCCCACGUGCCUCCAUCUACAUCUCGAAGGACCUCCAAAUCGCUCAUUGACGAGUCAUUGAAAACCUAUCUUAAUAGCCAAUCGGCCAAGAAGCGGGGCCAUUUGUUUUUACUGCCAAUUGAUUCUCUUGUCAUUAAUGCCGAACACCAAGCCUCAUGCUUCUUUCUUACAAAUUACACGUGGAUUGGCUCUCCUGCCUUGAUACACGGCGUAUUUGAUUACCGUGUUGACAGUGCGCAAGCCCCCUUGGGCGAAAGAGCUUUACUAGCAGGCGUGACCGCUGUUGGAAAAGCCACGGUUGGGAACAUCAACAAGUCAAGCUCCUUGAUACAUUCGGCUAGGUCUGACUAUUCUACCUCGCUCCGGUUGACAAAUGCCGCAGUCUCUGCUGCUGAUCAGUGGAACCAGGAUUCUACGCUUGUUGCUAUUUUUCUGUUGUCCUUGUUUGAGGUUAUCACCGGCUACGAAGAAGUUUCAAUUGACAAUUGGUUGCAGCAUAUCAAUGGCUCUGUUAAGCUAUUGGAAAUGCGCGGUGUAGAUGGUUUAAUGAAUACACCGUCUCUGACGACCUUUAGAGCUUGGAGAGAUCAAAUUAUUCUUGGUUGUAUAUAUCGCCGAGUUCCCGUUCCUCCGACCAUUAUCCGCUUAUCAGCACGACUGGCAACGGCCUCGUGCAGCUCAAUUGAAACAUCUUCAAACCAGCUCACACUGCUCAUGGCUAGGUUGUCGGAAUUACGGUAUCACGUAGCAAGCGGCCUUUUUGAUAAUGACGGAAUUAUUCUGAAGGAGUUAUCAUCUAUCGAAUCGGGGCUCUCAAUCUGGCUUAAGCAGGUCUCUCCGAGCUGUGCUUAUAAGUCUUUUGCCAUAUCUGACAUCAUCGACAUGGGGCAAGGCUCCAGCCUCCACCCAUAUCGCGGCUUGUGUCACAGAUAUCCAGAUCUGUCCUCGGCAUUAAUGUGGAACAACUACCGUAUCACUCGGAUUUUAGUAUAUGACAUGAUUUUAUCCCAAUUGCGCCCGUUGGCCACGAUGAGGGGGUAUGCAAUACAAAAUAAAGAGGCACAAACGAAAUGUUCCGAAAUGCGUAAAGAAAUGCGCAAGCUUGCCGAUGAAAUAUGCUAUAGUGCUCCUGAUAUCCUCGGCGUACUGGAUUUGCAUGCUUCCAAUUCAGAGCCUUCACAAUUGAAAAGUUCAGCUGGAGGAUUUGUACUUCUCUUUCCACUCUCUUUUGCCGUGGUCGUGGAUGACCAUCCGUCUUCGCUUUCUGAGUGGGUUUUCGAAUGCUUUCGUGUAAUUGCAGGUGUUAUGGGGAUACAUCAAGCUCUCGUCCUCCGAAAGUUUCUACCCACUUUAUGUGGACAGCACAGCUGGGCGGACACAUUCCAUUCUUUUCAAGAGUGUGAAAAUUAAUCUGCCAGAAUGUGAAGACCGAGUUCAUUUAUGGUGUAAGAUUGCGUAUUAUCCUGGCUACGAAGAAGUGUGGCAAAGCCCUAAUGCAGUCUUUGAAAUCAUUUGAGAAUAAUGUGUCCGUCUGGUAGGCGAGUAUAGAGCAAUCUGAGGAGUAGGAUUCCCAGUCAUUUAGACCGACAUGCAUGCUCUGCUCAUUGAAGUAUUUACAAGUCGUCGCAUGCCUAAGCCUGAAAGACAGCGAA